UGUGAUCCUGUUGAACGUAUAAUAAGUUUAAUUAUAAUCAACGCAAAGGAGCAGUGCGGUCGAAAAUAGGUUGAUGCGUAGCUGUCAGUGAUAUCGCGAUAUGGUAUUCGUUUGGAGGAUGAGCUUGAUUUAUGUAAAAAUAAUUAGUUAAAUCGUAAAAGAUGUGGUCCUUUUUUUCAAGAGACCCUACGAAAGAUUUCCCAUACGAAAUCGGUGAACCAGUUCCUGAUUUAGACGAUAAAAGUAUCUGGACUUUACAUAAAGCUAAGAAAAAGGGUUCCACAGGAGGUGAAGAUGUUUCGGUAUUUGUUUUUGAGAGUAAAAAUGGUAAUGAACAUCUUUUGGAUGUAGCACGAUCAGCAGUGAAACGAUUAAAAACACUUAGACAUCCAAGUAUACUCUCGUAUCUUGAUAGUCUUGAGACUGAUAAAGUAAUUUAUUUAGCAACCGAACACGUGGAAUCUUUGCACAAUCGGUUGAAAAGGAAGUCCGAUAGCAAUGAGGAAUCUAAGAAGGAAUUAUAUUUUUCUUGGGGAAUAUUUCAAAUUACGAGAGCACUAAACUUCUUAAAUAAUGAUGGUAAUCUACGACAUAACAAUGUUAAUUUGUGGAGUGUAUUUGUUAACGAAGAAAGCGGGGAAUGGAAACUUGGCGGAGUCGAAUACAUGACGGUAGUAGACGCUGCUUAUAACUCAUUGCCGUCGACGUUUCAAGCUUAUUAUCCUGCGGAUAUUAAGGAAAAUGUCAAGCCAGCCACCAAAUGCUCGGUUGACAUGUGGGGACUUGGAUGCCUGAUCUGGGAAACUUAUAAUGGUCCACUGACUUCAAGUUCGCAACUUAAUGUUCUUGAUAAAAUUCCAAAACAACUGCAAGUAAUAUAUCAAGAAUUGAUCAGUGGCAAUGCAGAAGGAAGACCAAAUCCAGCCGAUGUGAUAGCACGCUGUCGUAGUAAUGGAGGAUUUUUCAAAAAUACCCUUGUAGACGCACUUUUGUUCUUGGAAGAAAUUCAAAUGAAAGAAAGAGGAGAGAAGGGUCGAUUUUUCUCGCAGCUUGCUAAUCAAUUAGAAUCAUUUCCAGACGGUGUUGGCAGAUAUAAAAUUUUACCACAAUUAUUGGCUGCCUUUGAAUUUGGUGAUGCUGGGAGCGCGGUAUUACCUCCCCUGUUACAGCUUGGUUGCCAACUACCCGAUACUGAAUACCAGAAAAGGGUGGUACCUUGUGUUGUAAAAUUGUUUGCAUCGAAUGAUAGAGCGACAAGAUUACGGUUGUUACAACAAUUGGACAGAUUUGUUGAUCAUCUGCAACCAGCGACAGUUAAUGAAGCUAUCUUCCCACAGGUAGCCAGAGGUUUUUUAGACACAAAUGCUGCGAUAAGGGAACAAACAAUAAAAUCAGUUGUACAUUUAGCCCCAAAAUUAGAUUAUAAUAAUCUUAAUGUGGAAACAUUAAGGUAUUUUGCUAAACUUCAAUCAAAAGAUGAACAUGGCGGAAUACGUACUAAUACUACAGUUUGUUUAGGAAAAAUUGCUCAACAUCUUCAUCCUCAAAUUAGACAAAAAGUAUUAAUUGGAGCAUUUAUUCGAGGUACACGGGAUGUAUUUCCACCUGCUAGAACAGCAAGUAUUUUAGCGUUAGCUGCGACGCAGCAAUAUUUUCUACUCCAAGAAGUUGCGAAUCGUAUUUUACCAGCCUUAUGCCCACUUACUACUGAUGUAGAUAAAGGAGUCAGAGAUAAUGCGUUUCGAACGAUUCGUGGAUUUUUAUCGAAACUUGAAAGGGUAUCAGAGGAUCCUGGAUUACGUGAAUCUAUGGAGGCAGAUGUAAAUACGGCAACUCCUAGUCUUAGUAAUGCAGCGGCAACAUGGGCAGGUUGGGCUGUAACAGCAGUAACUGCCAAAUUUUAUCGUAGUCAGUCAGAUAAUACACCUAAAUCAUCGAAUCCUCUUAAUGCAUCUAGGAUUUUACUAAAUAAACCUGCCUCUUUGGAACAAGCUAGUAGUUCACAAAGCAGUGCCAGCACCACAGCUACAACAAGUAGCGCUACAAGUAUGACAUCACUAGACCAUGAUCAUGAACAUGAUCUACAAAAUGCAGCAAAUACAAACUCGGACUGUGAUUGGGAUUGGGAUGCAGAUAAUUGGGGUGAUAUGGAACAGCAACCUUCGGUUGCUUCAGGACAUGGCACAAGUAAUAUUUCACCGGCUCCUCAUUCUUCCAAGUGCAAUGAACAAUGGACAAGCCUUGAAGAAGAACCGGAAGAAGAAGCAGCUCAAAGUAUAGAAGAUAAAAAUGAAUCCGUUGAAACAGGCUGGGAAGAUUCGGAGUUUCAACCGUUAGAAGAUUUUCAACCAUCAGAACAAUCGGGGAACAUCGAAAGUGUUAAUACACUUACAGGAAAUAAUAAAUUAGAAGAAGCUAGGAGAAAACGUGAGGAACGCAAAUUAGCAAGACAAAGACAAAUGGAAGCUAAAAGAGCAGUAAAAUUACGAAACAACGUUGCUACCAAAAAACUCUAAUUUAAAUGCCAUAGUUUAAAACAUCAAUCGUGUAUUACAAAAGAAAAUUAAAAUAUGAUCGAUACAAAAUA